GAGCGCCCGCCCACCCGGCGAGCCCUCGAGCCCAGGCCGCCGGGCCAUGGCCGAGCUCAAGUCGCUAUCAGGGGACGCGUACCUGGCGCUGAGCCACGGCUACUCGGCGGCAGCGGCGGGUCUCGCCUACGGGGCGGCCCGAGGACCCGAUGCGGCCCGCGGCUACGGUGCUCCGGGCUCGGGCGGCGACCUCCCCGCGGUCCCCGCGCCGCGCGCCCCAGCUCCGGCUGCAGAGAGCAGCGGCGAACAGAGCGGCGACGAGGACCACGCCUUCGAGCAGCGGCAGCGGCGGCGCGGGCCGGGGGGCGCGGGGGACGCGCGGCGGCGGCCGCGGGAGCAGCGGUCUCUGCGGCUCAGCAUCAACGCGCGCGAGCGGCGGCGCAUGCACGACCUGAACGACGCGCUGGACGGGCUGCGGGCAGUCAUCCCCUACGCGCACAGCCCGUCGGUGCGCAAGCUCUCCAAGAUCGCCACGCUGCUGCUGGCCAAGAACUACAUCCUCAUGCAGGCGCAGGCCCUGGACGAGAUGCGGCGCCUGGUGGCCUUCCUCAACCGGAGCCAGGGCCUGGCGGCGCCCGUGGCCACCGCCGCACCCCUCACGCCCUUCGGCCAGGCCGCCGUGUGCCCCUACUCCGCGGGCGCGGCGCUGGGACCCUGCCCCGACAAGUGCGCCGCCUUCUCCGGAACGCCCUCGGCGCUUUGCAAACACUGUACGGAGAAGCCGUGACCCGGGUGCCGCUCUCCUCCCGCGCGCGUCCUCUGACCGCCCCUGCGACUGUCACCCGCCCGGACAGGAGAGGCCUGGAAGGACGCUGCAGGCGGGGAGGAGGCGGCCAGACC